GGCGCUGCCAUCGCCCAUUCUCCGCGAACAAGCGACCAGGCGCCUUAAAAGCGGCGUGCGAUCCAGGGUUGUCAGGACCGACCAUGGCUUCGUCUCCGGCUGUCGCGAUGGUGGCUCUGCUGGUGAUCGCCUCCGUCAACCUGGCUGGCGCCUACUGGCCCACAACACCCAGCAGAGUUUGUCCCUUUAACGACCUGGAGGCCAAAAUAUCAUGCUUAGCGAACACCCCGGACCAGUGCACCAGCGACGCGCAGUGCAGCGGCACACGGCGUUGCUGCAAGUACGGCUGCAGCCGGCGGUGCGUGCCCACGUGUUCACCCUGUAGUACGGGCCAGCGGUGCAUGGUCAAGGAAACCUGCGUGGGCCCGGGCUGCGGCCCACUGAGCAGCCAACUGGUGGCCGCCUGUGAGAACCUGCCUGCUCCGCACCCCUGCACGUUCUUCACCUGCCCGCCAGGAAAGUCCUGCGCCGACCGCGGCGGCCCGCUCGAGUGCAUCUAGCGCUGGUGACGUCACUAAUCCCCUCCAGCGGCCGGGGAGUGGCUGCCGGUCCCGGCGGCCGGCGCACAGACGCUCGCCGCCGCCCACAGACGACUGCGCAGUGACCGCUGCUGCGAUGAGAAGAUCACGUGAAUAAUGCCGUCGACCCGCGCGGCCUGGACGAUGUGAGGGGAUAAAGGCCGGCGGCUACAAGCUGGAGUGGGCGGCCGGGCUUUGGUUCUGUUUCCGUGUCUGUCGCAAAUAAAUAAUUCUUCCAAACAGAA